UUUUGGGAAUCCUCCUAAUCAUUUAUCAUUUACUCUUAUAAAAGAGCCGAUUGGUGGCGGCGGUCCGUCACCUUCUCAUCUUCUUCUACUAUAAAAUAAACAUUUCACCUCCUUCUAAAGCAAAUAGUUCUUGUAUUGGCAUCUGAGACAAGUAAUAGUACUCCCUUCAGUCGGUACUUGUUAAAAUCUGAGACAAGUAAUAUGUGUCUGAGGGGUAGUUAAUUUUUAGUUUUUUUUGUAACGAUUAACUAAAACUCCAUUUGGACCCUACCACUCUUUUUCUUUAUUAUUUUUGCAUAACAAAACCACAACGGCAUAUUCAUCGCCGGUGUGCAAGUCGGGAGAUCGAUUCUGACCCGGGGAGUAGCUCGGUGGGUUGGGAAGGGUUGCCUGUGUCAAAAAAUGAGAAAAAGGACGAGAUAUGGUGGACUGAUGAUAGAAUUUCCGGUGAUCUUGCUUUACCGAUUCUCUUUUCUUGCACCUACUAUUUGCGGCGAAAAUGUACUAGAGAUUAUAGAAAUCAGAGAUCCCCUCAGCCCAAGAGUAUACAUCUGUACCGCACGUCCGCACGUAAGAUAAUAAACCCGAAAAGAGAGAACAUCUUGACCAUCCCACCACCAAAGUCCACGGGAUAAAAGACAACAAAUUGCAAAGUAGCAUUUGCACCACCUUCUUUUCUCUCCUCUCUCUGGAGUCUGCCGGGAAGGGAUCCAAUCCAACAAACACCUGUGCAGCAGCCAGCGUGCUAGCUAGCUCGUGGGCUCGUGGCGGUGGCAGAUGAUCGAUCAUGUCGAGCUGUCACGGAAGCCCCUGCCGCGGCAGCAAGCAGCAGCCCAGGAUUAGAUGCUGCCGCGGCCUCUUCCUCCUCCGCCUCCGCGCUAGUACUAGUAUUAAGCCGCCCCUCGAGCCAUGCGCUGCUGCGCCCACUCCAAACCGCUGACGCCGCCAUGCUCGGCCCGCCCGAGCCCGACGACGACGACGCCACCGCCUCCGCCUCGCCGCCGCACCACGGCCCCGACCCCACGCCGAGGGAGCUCGUCCUCGCCUGCGCCGGCCUGCUGCACCGCGGGGACCUCGCCGCCGCGCGCCGCCUCGCGGACCAGGCGCUCUCCGCCGCCGACCCCCGCGGCGAAGCCUCCGACCGCCUCGCGCACCACUUCGCGCGCGCCCUCGCCCUCCGCGCCCCCGACAAUGGCGGCGACUCUCCCUCUCCGGCGCCUGUCGCGUCCACGUCCUCCUCGUCCUCGUCGUCGGUGUCAUCCGCCGCAGCGGCGGCGGCCUACCUGGCGUACAACAAGAUCGCGCCCUUCCUGCGGUUUGCGCACCUCACGGCCAACCAGGCCAUCCUCGAGGCCUUCUUCUCCUCCCACGCCGACCGCCCGCAGCAUCACUCGCGCGUGCUCCACAUCGUCGACCUCGACGCGGCGCACGGCGUGCAGUGGCCGCCGCUCCUGCAGGCGCUCCGCGACCGGGCCGCCGACGACCCGCCCGUCGAGGUCCGGGUCACCGGCGCCGGGCCCGACCGCGACGCGCUCCUCCGCACGGGGAACCGCCUCCGCGCCUUCGCCGCCUCCAUCGACCUCCCCUUCCGCUUCCACCCGCUCCUCCUCCCCUGCCCCGGCGCGGCCAGUGCCGGCCUGGAGCUGGAGCUGCACCCGGACGAGGAGACGCUGGCCGUCAACUGCGUCUUCUUCCUCCACCGGCUCUCCAACGACGGGGAGCUCGCCACGUUCCUUCGGUGGGUUAACUCGAUGAACCCGGCCGUGCUCACCAUCGCCGAGAGGGAAGGAUCAAGCGAACCCGCGGACGAGCUGCCGAGGCGGGUGGCGGCGGCCAUGGAUCUCUACUACGCGGCGGUGUUCGACGCGCUGGAGGCCACGGUGCCGCCGGGGAGCGCGGAGCGGAUGGCGGUGGAGGAGGAGAUCCUCGGCCGGGAGAUCGACGCCGUAGUCGCCGGCGGGAGCGGCAGCAGGACACGCGGGUUCGAGGCGUGGGCGGCGGCGGCGCGGGGCGCGGGGCUCUCGCCGCGGCCGGCCAGCGCGUUCGCGGCGGCGCAGGCGAGGCUGCUGCUGCGGCUGCACUACCCGUCGGAAGGCUACGCCGCGGAGGAGGCCCAUGGCGCGUGCUUCCUCGGGUGGCAGCGGCGGCCGCUCAUGUCGGUCUCGUCCUGGCAGUAGCAAGCGUGAUUGAUCCAUGCACGCUAACUGUUCGACCUACAGCGGGACUGCUCCAUCACUGCCUUUUUGCUCCCAAGCUAGCUACUCCAAUGAUCGCAUUGCAUGCCGGAACAUUAAUUAAGCAAUGGAACCUCAUGGAGCAACAAGCUCGAUCGAUGCUCGCUCGCUCGACAUUGCCGUACGUUGCUGGGGAUGGUUUUCUGAGGUUUCUGCUUACGAAUCAGGGGUGCAUGCAUGCAACUAUGCAAGGACAUGGCCGGAUAGCUCCUGCCACUGCUUGCCAUUCUCAUUCUCAACGGAGCAAGACGAAGGUAGAGAUGAAGAAGAUGUGGCCGCCCUUGGGAUACACGUACGUUGCGUGCUAGGCGCCAUUGGGAGAUCUUGGGGAGGAUCUUUGGCAUUCAACUUUUGGUAAACCUUCUACCACGCGCCACUAGCUAGCUACCGCUGCUAAUUAUUUCAUCUUUGCUUUACACCUAGAUCUCUCUUAAUUUGCUCUUAUCUUCAACUUUCCCUCUAAUACUGGUGGAGUGGUUAUACAAAACCGUUUGCUUAAUUUUAGUGCACAUAUCUUCAUUUCUCACUGCUCUUAUGCUAGCUAGCUAGCUGCAGUGCUAAUUGUAAUUGAUUAAAGCGAUGUACACCCAUGGCCUUGUUCUUGCAAAAUUAGGUCUAGGUACGCAGAAUUCUUCUGUUCAACCUCAAGUAAUGAGGAGGAUCUUGUGGAUUAAGACAUUGGUUUCGUUUUUUAAAAUUUAUCCACGGAUUUCACUUGCU